UGCAUGCCUCCUGAAACAUGAACCACAGGGUCGAAAACACUGUAAAUUCCUGACUUCCUGUUCAGUGACAUAAACAUGGCGGCUCCCAUGGAACUCAGUUGUUGGGGAGGCGAUUGGGGCUUACCAUCUGUGCACACAGAUUCCCUCGUUGUGCUGGCUUACGCAAAAUUUGCAGGGGCAAAGCUAACAAUUGAGCCAGUUGACUGGACAUGGAAGACAUUGACAGGGACGGUGCCAUCCCUGCACUGUGAAGGAAUCAUGGUGACAGAACCAGUGCAAAUUCUCAACUUCUUAAGAAAAGGGAGACACAAUGCUGACUACGAGCUCACAGCCAAACAGGGGGCAGACACAAUGGCAUAUAUUGCGUUGCUUCAGGAGAAACUACAGCCGGCGUUGCUGCACACGUUCUGGGUGGACGCGGAGAACUACGCCAACCUGACCCGGCCGUGGUUCGCCUCCCGCUCCCCGUUCCCGCUCAAUUUCUUCCUCCCGAGCCGGCUGGCCAGCGCGGCCCUGUCCCGCAUCCUCCUGACCAAAGGGGAGUCCCCGCUGCAUAGCAUCACGGACGUGGAGGCCAAGAUUUACAGCGAAGCUAAAGAGUGCCUGAAUCUGCUGUCAUACAGACUAGGAUCAUCUCAGUAUUUCUUCGGAAGCACGCCGGCUAGCCUGGAUGCCUUCGUGUUUGGCUACAUCGCCCCCCUCCAUAAGGCCAGCCUCCCCAGCAGUCAGCUCCAGCAGCACCUGAAGCAGCUGUCCAACCUGUGCCAGUUCUGUGACGCCGUCCUCAACAACUAUUUUGGUGAUGGCGCCCCCGGUUCACCCACAGCCAGCCAGGACUCGGUAGACGCAAACCUCCAGAAACUGACACAGCUUGUUAACAAAGAGUCCAACCUUAUCGAAAAGAUGGAUGACAAUCUGCGCAGCAGCCCCCGCAGGGCGGACCCCAAGCCCUGCCCCCCUUCCAGAGAGAGGAACUCCACACCAGCGUGACCCCACCCCCCAGCAAAUCCUCCUCACAAGGGUCUUUCAGGAAGUAAACAUCUGCACUAUGUCAUAAUCUGCUGCCCCGCCCAUUCUCCCUGUUGCCCCGCCCAUUAUACCUGCUUCCCCUCCCAUUCUACCUCCCCUAUGAGGGUUGCAUGGUUGCGGGUUCAGCUCUCAGUUGGGACACUGCUGCACAAGCCUUGAGUGAGGUGCUUUACCUGACUCAGGUAAAUAUGUUCUGAACAAGACCAUGACACUUACGUAGGUGUCUGUCCAACGAAUGAUGUGUGUUCAGCUCGCUAGAGAGCGGUUUGCAGUGCAGUCUGGGACGCAUGAAAGGACACACCUAUGUACAGGGAGAAGGGCUUAUAUUAUGACCAUUUCACAUAAAACCCCCAAUGUCUGUCCUAUUAUUUUCCGUAGACUUUCCUCUUGGGAUUUUGAGAUUUCUAUUAUGAUGAGAACAUGGCCUUAUUGUAAUGUUCUUGUUGAGUGUUGAUCCUGAACAGCCAAGUUCAGCUGCCAGAUCAUGUAAGUUUCGUGAAAAACUCAAAAAAUGAAAUAUUAUUACCUUCUCAGUAUGUUUCAAGCACGGCAAAAGGGAGUGUUUUAAGCAGGGAUGUAUUUUAUUAUUGUCUUCUAUCUUUUGGAAUAGAAGAAGGUGUUCUUUAAGAUGCUUGGUCUGACGGUUGCAUGCUGUGGCUUGGAGCAGAAUGUGAAAGGAUUGCGUCAAAAUGAGGAAUGUUACUGACGUUGAGCGGCAAGUUGCUAGCUGAACUUCAGAAUGACCAUUGACCAGACAUUCAUUUCAACAAUAAUACAAGACAAGAUCUUAUACUAAGAACUGAAAUAGCAUGCACUAGGGACUGUGAUUCUUGAGAAAUAAUCAGGAACACCGGUGCCAUCUGGAUUUAAUUACAGGAAAAAUGCUUUGCUUUUCUACACGCUCGUAAAUGGGUAUCGUAAAAAGCAGUUGAAAUCGCAAAAUGGCCGCCCAGGUUCAUUGGUGGUUGGAGGUGAAAAUGUUUUAACUGGAAAUGUUAUAUUUAUAAUUGGAUGACGUAUGACUGCAAGCACUUUAAAAGAUUUUUUUUUUGUUGCAUGUGACAGUAAUACUGAUUGUGCAGAACCGAUCUGUGCAUGUUACUGAGCACUGUAUGAAGACACCAGGAACCAUAACCCUUUCUCUUGAACCAAGACUUAAAAAUCAAAGAGCUGCUAUUAUUUCAGGUAUAUGCAGCAAUACACUUGUGGAGCGACUGUUAGUUCUGGGUUACUGUUUAGUAGUUGGGCUAAAAUCAUCAGAAGUGUCCUGCAUUGCAUUCACAUCAGCCACGCAUCACCAGGUUUGAUAGCGGUGACAGGAAAAUUAUGUUUAACAACUCGAAAGGAUAAUAUUGUCAGUCAAGCUACAGAGCACAUAUAUGUAUAUGAACAUGUAAACUGUACAGUUCUGCUGGUCUACUGAAGCAGUGGUCUGUGAAGAAGGUUUGUGGUUGAGCUGUGGGUGAAAGAUACAGGAUUUUUUACUGACAGGUUCUAUGGGGAAUAUUUUGAAAGUCUUGAAUGAUGGAGAGAGGUUCUACAAUGAAAAAUGUAAGUUUUGUUUUAUCGGGAUAGACAAACACACACUUUUAUAUAUAGAGCCUGCUUAUAUAUAGUUAUUUGUAGAAUCUUCUGUGUUAGUGCUUUUUAUGUUUUCACUUUCUUGGGAUUGCUUUGCAGGAAGUGUUCGUUUGACUUUAUAUAAUAUACAUUAUAUUUUGCAUAGGCCAGCACAAAAGUGGGCUUGAUAAUAUAUAUGCCUCUAUUCUUUGCACGGCCUUUGAAUAGUCAUAAAUUUGUUUGAUAGGACAGAAUCUGUACCCUAUUCAUUUAUGCUUUUUGUGUCAGUGAUGAUGUUUUUGCAGUAAUUGAGAAUGGAUUUAAUGAAUGAAGGCAUAUCGUAAUCUUAUUGGUUGCCACUCUUCCUGGUACAGGAGGUGAGAUUUCCUUCAUCCUGUCCAGAAUCUGUAGUAAUACAGGAAGCUGCUUGUUUGUUAGAACCAAAACGGCUUGCCUAGGGAAAAUGUACAUUGCAGCAUAAAAGAAUCAUGAAUGUUGCGAUAUAUUAAUUUGGAAGCCAUACUUUUAAAAUUAUGUUACCAAAUUAUGUAUUCCUUUGAGACAGACUUUCCAGACUUUCCACUGACUUUCCAGAAUUGUAUAACUUGGUGUGGGGUGAAAUAGCUAUUCAGUUCGGCUAUAGUUACAUACCUUUUGAUUAUUCACUGUGUGUUUGUAUAUUACAGUACAGGAUUGAAUCACGGUUGAGGGAAACCAGGCUGUGCUAUCAGCUUGUUAGUAGAUAUUUGUGUGGAGAAAAUAGGGAUUCUUAGCUUCCUUCUUAUAUUUGCUUGGCAAAAUGUUACUGUUGUGCAUUCUGACAUGACUUCUAGAACUCACUGAUCACUGCUUUCCUAUACCUGAUUUUGUUUGCCAAAUUAAAUCAUAAGACCUUGAUUACAUUAUACAGCUGAGAAAUCAGCAUUAUGAUAUAGAGUUACUGAAAACAAAUCUCACGAUCACCUCCCCUAAACAGGUGUAUUAUCAUUAUCAAUGUACUUCAACCAAAUGUUACUUAGGCCUCUACAAAAUAGUCAUCAUUUCCACACAGUAACAUGUCCAGUUUUAAUGCAACACUAACAGUUUAGUACAACUUUUAAUAGAUAACAUUUGGUCUCACUCUGGAAUGUGGGACCAAAUGUGAUCUGUAUCUUAAGAGUUAAAUGAACACUGUUAGAGUUGAAUUAACACCGGACAUUUUACUGUGCAUAAGUGGCGCAGUGAGCAGUAGAUGAAAGUGUCUUUUUAAGACUGGAGUUCAUUCGGGGUGUUUAUUAAUGGUUAUGACAGAUUAAUUAGGUGUCAUCCAUUUCGUUCCAUGCCAGCCACACCUGCUACCGACUGCUCUGCAUCCCUUGAAUGUAAACUGACAGUGAUGCUCUUAAUUUCUCCCAUAAUGCAUUUGGAUCGCAUAGCUCUCAAGCACUACUGGAGGAACAAAGCCAAUUCACACAUUAAGAUCUGCGCUGAGAGAACUGGAUGUUACACUGUUUGGAUUGAAUACGUUUUGUGUCCAGAAUUACCAGCAGGACUGACUCUGACAUGGAAUACAUGGAUUUUGAUUCUGAGGAUUUCUUUCCUUGCGAAGUACGAACUUGUUUUGUGUAAAAAAACCUAGUUCUUGAAAUGUAACAUUAUUGGAGUGACAGUAUACCUUAUUGGUUAUGUUUUGAUUAUUCCUAAAAGUUCCUGGCACUCAUUUCUAUUAAGUUCCAUUCCGAAUAAUCUGGCUUGAAAUUUGUUUUCAAACUGCGCACAAUCCUUUUGGGCUACGAAUGUCAGAUUUUGUUUUUCAACUUAUAAAAAUAGCUCUGUUCAUGUGAUAAAAUGAGUUGUUCUGUUGGUGUUGGAAUUCAAAACUGUGUCUUUGAAUCCCCACCCUACACUGGAAGCACCACCAGUACUUUAUUUUUUGGAAGAAUGGUGACUUCAUCCACAGACAGAAAUGUACACAAAAACACCUCAUUAAUGCAUUCCACUUAAGCAGUGAGACGAUU